AGCUACCCAACUCAGAUAUGGUUUAAAGACGCACCUCAUGGAGAUCCAGACGCUCGCGCUCUCACAAUUGUCCAGUUACUAGCAACAACAUGGUUUACGUACCUUCGAUCUUGCCGGUCAGGAUUCUGUGGCCGCAAUGGGUGGGAAGCGCAGGAGCGACCCUGGUAACAAUCGUAGCCGGAUUGGUGGCAGGGUGGUCAUCACCGUACUUGGCGAAGCUGCUGUCAGAUGAUUCGCCACUGCCCAUAACAGACUCGGAAGCAUCAUGGAUCGCAUCACUGAUAAACGUAGGAAGAUUCGUGGGCGGAAUUCUGACGGCAGUUAGCAUAGAGUGUUUCGGUAGCAGAAGAACAAUGUUCCUAAUAGGAUUUCCGAGCGCUCUUGGAUGGAUAUUCAUCAUGUUCGCAAACCACGUAAUAUGGCUGUACGCAGCGAGGAUUCUAUGUGGUAUCGGUAUGGGAAUGACCUUUGGCGCGUUCCCGAUUUACAUCGGAGAAAUAUCCGACUCCUACAUCAGAGGUGCUCUGGUGACACUGGCGAUGAACGGUGGAGCGGUGGGAAACUUCCUUGGUAACCUAAUGGGAUCGUACAUGCCAAUGUCGUACUUCGCGAUGAUAACAUUGGUUCUGAUAGCGAUCCACGUUUUGCUCUUCGCACUCGUACCCGAAUCGCCUCACCACCUGUUGCGCGUCGGAAAACUCGAGGAGGCGACGGAGGCUUACCAAUGGUACCACCGUGGAGUCGAGAUCAAAAAGGAGAUGGAAAUUCUCAAGGAUUACGUGUUCGCUUCGAAAUCGACCUCGUUUAGAGACCGUCUUCGUGAGUUCAAUGCCCCGCAGAACAGGAGGGCCGGCUUCAUAAUCAUCGUCUUGUUCAUGUUCAUGCACCUCAGCGGAACGAACAGUCUUCUAUUCUACAUGGAGAUAAUACUGACCAGAGCCCAGGUCAAGUCUAUCUUACCAUCGUCUGUCGUCGUUAUCGCAGGCGCCCUUUCGAUCGUGACGGGAUGGCUAGCCAUGUACUUGAUCGAGAGGUCCGGACGUAGGUUUUUACUCAUCAUUUCGAGCAUUGGAGUUUUCGCUGCGAUGAUGUGCCUGGGACUGCAGUUCGCUCUGCUCGAUUAUCAGCCUGCCGUUCCCGUCAUGGAGUGGCUGCCCAUCGGAUCGAUGAUGCUGUAUCAGGUCUUCUACUCCGUUGGUAUCAUGAUCAUUCCAAGCGCGGUGCUCAGUGAACUCUUCCCCGCAAAUCUGAAGAGCAUGGCAGCAUGUGGCGCGGGCAUAUCGUCGGGAGUCUUUGCUUUCAUAUCCAGCAAGACGUACCAACCGAUGGUCGACGCCAUGGGCGAGGAGUACGUCUUCUGGUUUUAUGGAUUCAUCGCCAUACUCGCCGUACCCUUCGCCAUUUUUACGAUGCCGGAAACUAAGGGAAAAUCUCUGCAGGAGAUCCAGGAGAUACUGACGGACAGUGUGACGCAUGUAAAAUCCGAGAAAGCUAAGGGGAUGAAAAACGAGGAAGUCUGAAAUAGUUGAAGAUAUCGAUAUUUGUUGGCUACGAUGUUUUCCACCUUUAUACCUCACAACCUUCCAAAAAUUGUUUGCGAAAAGCAUGUGACUUUGGUUACAAUGUAGGUACCUUACGGAAUUUUUGGGGUUCAAUAGCCGGACUACACGGUUCAAAAGUAGAACACUCAAUUUGGCCCUCGAAACACGAACUGAAAAGUAUAUCGCAGGAAAUGGUCAUCUCACCAAUGACAAGCUGAAGCUUCGUAGUUUCGAGUACCUAAGUGUAUAGUAAGUUAUUCCAAUAGACAAAUAUAGGAUAGUUGAUGAUGAGCCAAGUUAGUUUAGCUGGUCAACGCGUAAUUUUACACGUCUUAUCGAUAAAGAUGAAGAUAUUAUGAAGUU